UCGGACGGGGACGUUGUCAUUGGAGGGCUUUUCCCUCUGCACUUUGUGGCCUCUGAGCCACAGCACAGCUACCACAACACACCGCCAAUCUCACCAUGCAGCGAGUUUGAUUACAGAGCUUUCCGGUGGAUGAUGACUAUGGUGUUUGCAGUGGAGGAAAUUAACCACAGUUCAGUCCUGUUACCGGGUGUUAAACUAGGCUACCGGAUCAUGGACAGCUGUGAUAACGUUCACACCAGCCUUCAAGCUCUUUUAUCCUUAAUCAGUCUAACCAAAGCCGUAACAAAUGAAGUCAAAGUAACAGCAGAAAACGAGAGCCGGGUGGUUACAUGUCAGUCUGAUUCUCCCAUUUCUGCUGUGAUUGGUCUUGCAUCAUCUUCUCCGACUAGAGCUGUAGCUCAAGCUCUCGGCCCUUUCAACAUCCCUCUGGUGAGCUAUUUUGCCACUUGUACCUGUCUAACCGAUAAGCAUUUGUACCCUUCAUUUUUGAGAACCGUGCCGAGCGAUCUCUUUCAAGUAAGAGGCCUUGUACAGCUGGUGACAUUCUUGGGCUGGCUGUGGGUGGGCACAAUAGGGUCCACGGAUGAUUACAGUCGCUAUGGCAUCCAGGCUUUCUCUAAUCAGUUUAAAGAGCAGGGUGGAUGUGUGGCAUUUCAUCUCACUAUUCCAAACUCUCCCACACUGGCUGAGACACAGGAAAUGGCAGACAGGCUGCAGAGUUCAUCUGCCCAGGUUAUAGUGGUUUUUGCCACAGAGGGACAACUCCUGGAUCUUUUCUUAGAGUUCCACCCUCUUUUAGGGGGAACACUGGGCUUCUCUUUUCCUGGUGUAAAAAUCCCUGGAUUGGGAAAGUUCCUUCUAAAUGUACACCCCUCGCCCCAACCAGGGAUGGAAUUCAUCAACAUGUUCUGGGAAGAACAGUUUGGUUGUAAGCUCAAAUUUGGAAGCGGCUUUGAUGAGAAGCCUGUGUGUUCAGGUUCAGAAGAUCUGAGUCUCACUGUCAGCAGUUAUACUGACGUAUCCCAGGUCAGGAUAUCCUAUAAUGUGUAUAAAGCUGUAUACGCCAUCGCUCAUGCGCUGCACUCUUUACUUGACUGUGAUUCUGCACGACCUAAUGACGGAGCAUGUGAGAAUCAUAAAAAUUUCACCUCUAGUCAAUUGCUGUAUCACCUGAAGUCAGUGAACUUCACCAACAAGUUUAAGGAGAAAAUAUAUUUUGACUCUAAUGGAGAGCCAGUCCCUUUGUAUGACAUAAUUAACUGGCAGAAGGACAGCACGGGUAAAAUCAGAUUUAUCAAGGUGGGAAGUUAUGAUGGAUCAGUUCCACUGGGACAGCAGCUGCAGAUAAAGCAGAGCUCCAUCAUAUGGACAGGAGGACAGCCACAUGUACCUGUGUCUCUGUGUAGCGCUCCAUGCCCCCCUGGAAAUAGGAAAGCGAGACGUCCUGGAGAGCCCCCUUGCUGCUUUGAUUGUUUGCCUUGUGCAGACGGAGAGAUCAGCAACAAAACAGGUUCCACUGAGUGCAUGAAGUGCCCUGAGUCCCACUGGUCAGACAAAGAAAAGGUGAAAUGUGUGGCAGGGGUAGAAGAAUUCCUGUCUUUUUAUGACACAAUGGGCAUCAUUCUCGUAGUGCUCACCCUGCUGGGUGUCGUCCUGACAGCCAUCAUCACCGUUGUCUUUCACCGUUUCCGCACUACUCCCAUUGUCAAGGCCAACAACUCAGAAAUAAGUUUCUUACUUCUCCUUUCACUCAAGAUGUGUUUCCUAUGUUCUCUGGUGUUCAUCGGCCAGCCAUCAGUGUUGACGUGCAAGGUCCGCCAAGCGGCGUUUGGGAUCAGCUUUGUUAUUUGUCUGUCAUGUCUCCUUGUCAAGACUGUUGUGGUUCUCUUGGCUUUUCGCUCCAACGUACCAGGAUCCAGGGGUCUGAAGCUGUUUGGCCCACCUCAGCAAAGGACAAUGAUUUUUUGUACCACAGCUCCGCAGAUCUGUCUCUGUGCUGGCUGGUUAAUUAGUGCACCUCCCUUCCCAUUCAGGAACCCAACCUACCAAGCCACAACUGGAAAAAUAGUUGUGGAGUGUAAGGAGCCAUGGCCUCCUGGAUUUUACCUGGUUCUUGGAUAUAUCGGUGUACUUGCCUUUGUGUGUCUCCUCCUGGCGUUUCUUGGACGGAAGCUGCCAGAUACCUUCAAUGAGGCAAAGCUCAUCACCUUCAGCAUGCUGAUUUUCUGGGCUGUUUGGAUCUCUUUCAUACCUGCUUAUGUAAGCUCUCCUGGGAAGUUCUCUGUGGCUGUGGAGAUAUUUGCCAUAUUAGCUUCCAGUUUUGGCCUAUUACUGUGCAUUUUUGUACCCAAAUGUUACAUAAUUUUACUGCACCCCGAAAGGAACAUUAAAAAAGGCAUGACUGGAAAAUAUUCUAGAUAA